GCUGAGUUCUAGCACCACUGUCUUAAGUGAUGGCAUCUGAGAAAUUGUGUUAAUAAUUAGCUCGGAUGGCAUUAUCUGUACUUACUUGGUAAUCAACAACUUCUGAUUUGAUUGAAUCUAGAAUCCACUAUUUAUUGUGCAUUUUUUGGCUUGGGCUGCCUUUUUGAAUCCCAGUUGGCUAUUUUUUGUGAAACUGUUAAGACAUGCCCAGAGAGGAGAGUAAAGAUCCUUUAGACGUUUGCAGAAUUUUCAAGAAGAGUAGCUUGAAUGGAAAGGUCACGGUUUUUAUUGGAAAGAGGGAUUUUCUGGAUUACUUGACCCACGUUGAUCCUAUUGACGGCGUAGUUUUAGUGGACCCAGAAUGUGUUAAAGACCAGAAGAAGGUAUUCGUUCAAGUUCUCGGGGCUUUUCGAUACGGCAGAGAAGACCUGGAUAUUAUUGGCCUAUCCUUCCGGAAGGACUUAUUUAUCGCCACUAUCCAGGUCUAUCCUCCGGUCGUUGAACAACAGAAGCCGCUGACGGCAUUGCAGGAAAGGCUUCUUUCCAUACUUGGACCAAAUGCAUAUCCUUUCUUCUUUGAGAUUCCACCAAACACUCCAAGUUCCGUCACGUUACAACAAACACCUGGGGAGGAUGGAAAGCCGUGUGGUGUCGAUUACCAGCUGAAAACACACCUUGCAGAAAGCCUGGACGACAAACCGGAAAGACUAACCACAGUAAGAAUGGCUAUACGUAAACUGACCUACGCUCCUAGCGACGUAAGGGCCCCUCCACCGAAAGCAGAACUAAACAAAAAUGGGAUCAAGCUGGAAGCCUCUCUGUUGAAGGAAAAAUACUACCAUGGGGAAAGUGUUGAUGUACGUAUUACGAUAGACAAUACUUCCAAUAAAACCAUCAAAAGGAUCAAACUGGCUGUUGUUCAAAAGACCAUGGUAACCCUACAUGUGCUUUGUGAAGAAGAACAAGAGCUUAAAAUUCCUGAUCAAAAUUUUCAAGAGGGAUUCCCUAUCAGGGCUGGUCAGACAGGGUUUUGUAGGAUGUACCAUCUCACACCAUUAAUAGAGAACAACAGAGACAAGAGGGGUUUGGCUAUAGACGGCAAACUGAAGCACGAAGACACAAACCUAGCGUGCUCCACCAAGAUGUCAGAGAACCUACAGAAGGAGAACUCUGGUAUUAUUGUGGCCUACAAGGUGGUUAUCAAGCUGGUUCUGGGAUUUGGAUCUUCUGACGUAGUUUUAGAGCUGCCUUUUACCUUGACUCACCCAAUUCCAGAUCAUCCCUCAAGGACCAGCAGCUUCCGAAGUUCCGUGGCAGACGACACAGUUAUCCCUAGUGAAGACAUGAUGGAAGACGAUUUAGUGUUCCAGGAGUUUAAUAGGGCACCAAUUGCUGAGCCUGAGAAUUUCAAGGAGGAUUCAGUCCCCAAAGAAAACAGUGAUGAAUAAUCACACAAUUAUUGACGACAUUCGCCAAGAAAAGAAUAAUGAACAAAUUAAUAUAUAAUAAUCUAAGAGCAUUCAGUGAAAUUUAUAUUCCCCUUUUCUGUCCAUAUUUGUUGUAACAAACAGUAGAUAUAAUUAUGAAGCGAAUACUGUUAAAAUAUUUUUGCAAAAUGUUAUUGAACACGUUUUUUGGGUUUUUUUUUUGUAUUUUAUGUAUUUAUGAACAAGAAAAAUAUUGUGAAUGCUGAGACAUAUCAACGUUCUGCACGCCUUUUCUCUUUCUUUUUUAAAUUGUUACUAAGUUCCACAAACACUUUUCUCCAUCUUCACGUUACAUGGUAGUUUGUUUUAUAACUAUUUUUUUGUUGUUAAUUGGAUUCAAUUCGAUAGAAAUAAAAUUUUUGUAGAAGUAGUUUUUGAUUGGUUCAGUAAAAAUAUGAUUUCAACUAAAAUAAUUAAAAUAAAGCUUAUUUCGUUCAUAUUUCGUCCUUCAAAAUUGGCAUAGACUGCAAUAA